UGGCCCUGCCAUCGCUUACCACCAUCCCCAAUCAGGGACAGGACGUUUUGCAAUCCAAGACGUUAUAUCUGUGCAGUUGGAGUUUAAACUUUGCCACUUGGGUCAGGGCACCACGGAGGAAGAGGAGAGGUGACUGGGCUCAGUGUCUGACCCACUCCCCUGUACACUGAGGGUGUUGAGAAGACAGGACGGUGCUGUGGGAGCGGGAUCUCAGACAGCCAUGGCCUCUGGCAUGGGCAGCCUCGACAGCUUCAACCUCCUGGACCUCCUUUUCGACCGCCAGGAUGGGAUCCUCUGUGAUGUGGAGCUGGGGAUGCCACCAGGCUCCUGGUGCAAGGAUGGGAGUGCCCAGGACAGCAAGGACUUCCUCAGCUCCAUCCUGGGCUCCAGGGACUCAGCGCUGGACUCGCCCAACUGGUCCCCAGCCACCAGCGACAGUGGGGUCUCCGAGGACCCCCCCGACCAGCUCGACAGCCCCCCCAGGUGCUGUGAUGGGGGCCCCAGUGAGGUCCUGUACCCCUAUGCCAACCCCUGCCGGGCUCUGCCCCUCUUGGGAGGGGCUGGGGUCCUGCACCCUGAGGUCUCCAUCGACCUGGACAUGUGGCACCCUGGCUUCUUCCUGGAGGAGAGCCAGGACCUGCCCGUGGUCUCCCCGCCUGCGUCCUGCACCCUCACCGUCAAGGACCUGCUGCUCUCAGGCAGCUCUGAGGCUCAGCCGCAGGUGCCCAGCUCCCUGCUGAGGCAGAGCCAGGGCCAGUUCCAGGAGCUGGUGCUGACGGAGGAUGAGAAGAAGCUGCUGGCGAAGGAGGGGGUGUCCCUGCCCACCCAGCUGCCCCUCACCAAGUAUGAGGAGCGGGUGCUGAAGAAGAUCCGUCGGAAGAUCAGGAACAAGCAGUCAGCUCAGGAGAGCCGCAAGAAGAAGGAGGAGUAUAUCGACGGGCUGGAGAGUAGGAUGUCAGCGUGCACCGCCCAGAACCAGGAGCUGCAGAGGAAGGUCCUGCACCUGGAGAUGCAGAACUCGUCCCUCCUGGAGCAGCUGAAGAAGCUCCAGGCCCUCGUGGUACAGUCAAACAACAAGGCAGCACAGACGGGAACCUGCAUCGCGGUCCUGCUGCUCUCUUUCACACUCAUCAUCUUCCCCUCCAUCAGCCCCUUUGCCCCCAGCAAGGCCAAGACAGACAGUGACUUCAGACCGGUGUGAGUUUUCUCCAGGUCCCUGCACAACGCAGCCGCCUCCCGCGUGGCUUACACUCAGCCCCAAGCUGGAGAUGAGAAGCCCCCAGAGCUGCUGUGGCCACAGCACCUGGGCGAAGCCCCUGAGACCCUGCACAAAGCCUUCAGUAGCCGCUCAUUCACCCCACGCCCAGACAAAGUCUCCCCCCGUAAUGGCACGCAGCCACUUGCCUCGGAGGGGCUGAGGGACGGAGCCGACACCAUGUCUGGGGAUGACACCGUGCCACGCCAUGGCCUGGCAGCACUGGCUUGGACCAAGGCUGACCACAGCAGGCCUGUGGCACUGGAGCCGGCAGAGGAGCUUUAAGCAGCACCCAGGGACCACGGGGGACGUGAUGGGGUGGCUCAGCACUUCACCCCCUAUGGGACGAGCCCUCAGGGUGGCCCCUCUAGCAUCUGCCACCAGGCGCAGGCAGAUGCUGGACCCGCUUGGCUUUGCUUGUAUCUGUGAACUGGGAAAAACGAGACUGGUUCCCACUGGCCUUACUGGGAGGGAAGGGGCUGCUCCUGCCCCCUGGGUGCAGCUGGAGUUGCGGAAGGGAGAUGGCGUUGCUCAGGAUGGGGACGGGGGAACUGGAGGGGCCCUGGGCUGGCUGACUAUUGAUGUUGCAACUGGUUGGUUUUGUUCUUUUUUUUUUUUUUUUAAAGCUUUAUUUUCAUCUCUAAAUAAAAGGUAUUUUGGAAAAAAUC